AUGAUUUCAAAUGAUGCAAAUUUAUUUGACAAUCACAAAUUAAGUAAACAAAUCGAAGAUGCUAAAUGUAAUGGCGAUUCUACCAUGAAUGAAAUUAGUUAUGGUCCAGGCGUAGUUCAAAAAUUGUGCGCUCGUUUUUUGCAAUUAUCAAAAGAGUCAAAUGUAGUGCCACAUUUGCGCUCACCACGCUUUAAACGACGAAAAGCAUCAUCAGCAGAGAAUAAUUUCACUGUAAUUAGUGAAAUUCGUCGUUGCACAUCUUCAAAGAUAACAAAUAAAAUUGAUCUUAAUGCUGAAACAAAUGAUAUGAAGAACCAUUGUGAUGAACAAAACUAUAAAAUAAAUUUUGUACCAGCAUCAAUGAAGGUAGUUGACAGGGUAGAAUUAAAUGGUACAUAUUUAUAUCAUGCUACUGUAAUUCCCUCUGAUACUAAAGCAAAUCGUAAAGCAAAAAAAAUUGAAUCAAUAAGAGAAAAGUUUGAAAAAAUCUCCGCAACCUCAUCAACUCUUCCAUCUAAGAAGGUUAAUAAAGUUCGAUUUCGACGAGACUGUAAUAAUAUACCUAUUGCGAAUGCUAAGAAAUCUGAAUCUGUAGAAAUGAAGGGACAAAUUGAAAAAGUUCAACAUGAUGGAAAUAUAGUAAAAACGGUAGUGAAAUUGGCACCAUCUGAUGAUGAUAAUCUAACGAUUACAGAGCUUCCCACAAUAUCAACCAUAUCAUACUUACCCAAUUUCCAGCAGGAAGAGGUAAACGAUCAGAUAAAAAAGUCUGAGAAAGAAUCUGAUGAAUCAAACAUAGAUGGAUCAUUUGAAUUUGAAGAUAUCAAAGCUACUUCCAUCAUUAGCAAUAAUACUUCAGUUAAAAUGGCUGAUAGAAAGCAGAACGAAGAAGAUGGUUUAAAAGAAAUUCAUCGUUUACUAAAAAAAUUUAGCACAAUUCGAGAACAACGAGCCAAAAAAAGCUUACAGAAUGAUUUAAUCGCUAAAACUAACAAUAAAUUUGAUACGAAAGAUCACAAUCAAUUGACACAAUUACAGGUAUAG